UCUGUCCGGAGAGAAGUGAAGAUUUGGAGUGCAACACCGACAUGGAGAAGAUCUACUUGACCGUUUCCCUCCUGGUUUUUGCCUUUGUGCACUUUGGCCCAGUUUCUGCUCUUUCAGGUCUCAAUCCAGGAGGUUGUCCUCGUGAGGAGAAUGGAGUUGUCGGCAUUUGUGCCUUAAUUCCCAGAAAGUCUUGCUUUACGGACGAUGACUGUUCUGGUGGACUCAAGUGCUGCAGUUCCGGAUGUGGAAGAAAAUGUGUGGCAGUGGCGCCAAUCCUGGAGGUAAAACCGGGAGUGUGUCCCCAGUUUAGUGGUCCUGGUAUCUGUAUUCAUGAGUGCAAUCAUGACUAUGAAUGUGAAAGAAACCAGAAGUGCUGCAGCACUGGAUGUGGAAAUGUAUGCAUGGGACCCUUGAGAGGAUAGUGACAACUCCUUGAAAGAGCAUUGAUAUCCAUGAGAGCACAUUAACUGUGACACAACUGGUGGACGUGCCUGCUGAGAGUCCUGCUGAUUUGAGAACAAUCUCCAUCAAAGCUGAAUUUUAUUAUUGAUUGUGCUUACUUUCAAUAAAACAAGUCACAAAAAAAAAAUCUUGUGUUUACUCUCAUGGGUUUUCAUCAAUUCCACAAAACAUUACAUUAUAGCAUUAGAACAGCG